AUCAGAGAUAUGAUGUUGUCAACAACUGCCAACAAACAUUUGUUGACAAAUGGCAGUAGUCUAUGUGCCAGGUUGAUGAUCAGAUCAUACACCACUCAACCAAAGCAGGAUCAGACACAACAGCAGCAGCAGGGACAAGAGAGUAGUUUGAGAAGCAAGAAGAAGGUGUCUGAUAAUAGGUCAUUGCCAAAGGUGCCACCCAUUCAACCAAAGGCACCAGCACCCAAUGUGAAGGACCUCUCAUCCAAUGACAAGAUCAACAACUACAACUCGCACUUUGCUCCCUUUGACACGGACAACACCUUCAGAUAUACUCCAUCCUUCUCCAAGCUCGGUGUUCUCACUGACAUCAAGGACUUGCCCGAGGAUUGGAACAACAUCAAGCACCAUACAAGAACCAAGAAGGAGAAGCGCGAAUUGAACAACACAUCAACAUUCUUUGACAGGAACGACAACGAAGAGGCCAACAUUCAGUUCACCCCUGCAGUUAUCCAAGUACCACAAGGAGGUAGUUACGCCAGAGCACUGCUAAACACAAGAUCAACACUCAAUGCAUUGGAUAACUCCACUCUUGAUCUUCUUCAAGAGUUUGUCAAGUCUAACAUUGCAAACGAUACAAUCACUUCAUACUCGAUCCAUACCUCGACACCUGGAGUCAUUCACAGCUCUGGCGCAGAUUUCUUGACAAUGUACGAGAAGAGGAACAGCGAGAACCCAGAGGCAUACUUUAGGAAACUGUACAAAUUCUUCUAUCUGCUGGGCAUCUCACCCAAGCCUCACGUCUCCAUCCUGGACGGUCUGGCCGUGGGCAGUGGCGCGGCAUUCACCGCCAACUCUGGCAUCCGUGUGGCCACCGAGAACGCCAUCUUCUCCGUGCCCGACUGCGCAAUCGGCUUCUACCCAGACGCCGGCAUGACCCGCUUCCUGGCCCGCAUGGGCCCCCUCGGUCGCUACCUGGCGCUGACUGGUCGUCGUCUGCGCGGCACCGACAUCAUGGAGAGCGGCAUUGGCAACAUGUUCAUUCGCACGGGCCAGGUGCAACACAUCGAUCAGUGGCUCGGACGUAUCCCAGCCAAUCGCAUUGAUCGUGUGCUGCAGAACCUCGACCUACACACAGAGAAUUACACCAAGGACACAGUAGAGAAGACACACUUGGAGCAGUACGGCGAGGCCAUUGAGCGCUGCUUCGACCAGGAGAACGUCGAGGACAUCUACCAGGCACUGCGCGAGGAGAAGGUGCACACAAAGUGGGCCCAGCGAUGCAUUCAGAACAUGGACAGAAUGUCGCCACUCAGUCUCAAGGUGACGCUGGCGUUCAUGAACUAUGUCGAGCGUCCAAGCCCCUACGACGAAGACGUCGAGCUGUCGCUGGACGACUACUUCGAGAUGGAGUACCGUCUGACGUGCUCGCUGCUGCAGGAGGGCUCGGACCUCUGGGAGGGCAUUCGCGCCAACCUCAUCAACAGGACCAAGCCCGACUGGAAGUUCAAGACGCUGGCCGAGGUCACCGACGAGAUCGUCGAGAAGCACAUCAACUUUGAGCCCGAGCGUAAGUUCCAGCUGCGCCGCUUCCCCACCAACUUUGAGCAGUACGAGAAAAUGGUCGAGGAGUACUACGAGAACACGACAUCGGCCACCGACGAGCAGGACCUCGGCGUGUUCACCGCCACCAGUGGCGACCCCAUCACCGCCAGACACGAGGAGUUCAUCGAGGAGUACUACAAGGACUUCAACGAGGACUACUUCCACGAGAGAAACUUUGAGGAGACAAUCUACAGCAUGGACAAGUCUGACUUUUCAUCA